CACCGUUGCUGGAGGAGGAGGGAGCUGCCGGCAGAGAGGCAUUGCAAAUUUGCAACAACCUCGAAGCUAGUUCAAACUAGUGGGGGGUUGUCUGCAGAAAAGCAUACAAAAUCAUUUUUUCUUUUCCAUCCACAGAAAAAACCAUUUGAACCAAAGAGAUCAGAAGAAAGUAGGUUUUGGUUCUUUUGGAUAACAUUAAUCGACAUGGCUCGAGGAAGAAUUCAGAUGAAGCGCAUCGAGAACCCGGUGCAGAGGCAGGUUACCUUCUGCAAGCGCCGAGCUGGGCUGUUCAAGAAGGCCAAGGAGCUUUCUGUGCUAUGUGAUGCUGAAAUUGGACUAUUCAUUUUCUCCUCAAAUGGGAAGCUCUGUGAACUUGCCACCAAAGGGUCUCCAUUCUCUACCUUUGUUAUUAUUUUUUUUAGUUUCUGAUAAUCACUCAUACAAAGUUUAGAUCUCAAAUCAUGAUUUCUAUCCAUUUCAUUUUUAUGAAGUUAGUUUAUAUAACAGAAACUGAUUUGUAUAUAUACCAUUUAGUUUAUUACAUUACACAAUAUAUUUAUUAAAA